ACGCCAGCAAUGGACGCUAAAUUGGAUUCGCGUCAAGGACAAUUUCCGGCUUCCUUUCCGGACACAUUCAAGGAUUUCUUUGCCGUUAUGAGCGAAGACGAAGAUCAUCUCGAUUUGUUCUCGAAUUUGUUGGAAGAUAAGGUGAUACCGCAUCACAACAAUGCCAGCCACAGCACGGCGGCCAACAGCAACCGAUUCAUGCAACGUCGACACGGCGGCAGCCUCCGCUGUCCCACACACCCGCAAAGUGCCAGCGGCGAGAGCGCGCACCACUCAGUCGGCCGCUCAAGCUCGUUUCGCGUGCAUCGACCGCGCAACCCAGCGGCCACAUAUAGUGGUGGCGGUGGCGUUGGCGGCGGCAUAAGUAGUAGCAGCAGCAUUAUCACAUUGAAUAGCAUCGGACAGAGUGGCGGUCAUAGCAUUGGCAGUGGACACAGCACUGGCAGUGGCAGCAGUGGUGGCGGCAGCAGUAGUGCCAAUGGCAAUGGCAAUUUAUUUUGCAAACACAUCAAAUACUGCUGCCUGCAUCAGCAACAUGCACAACUGCCCAACAUAGCAGGCGCUACGCCGCCGCACCAUCACCAUCAUACCCUUCAGCAGCAGCAACAGCAGGCACAGCCACAAAAACAGCAGCCAACACAACCGAAAUCGCCGCAUAAACACCGUUUGGCCCAGCAAUCAGCACAAAUGCAAACAAAAUCCGCAGUAACUGUGCCGACGGCUGCAACAGCUGGUCACUACCUACAACAACACGUGCAUCAGUAUCAGCCUACAGGCGCGGCGUAUGCGUCGGAUUACAGCAAUGAGAUUAGCGGUAGUGUGCGCAUGGGACCCGACGGCGAGGACAACAGCGGUGCUGAUGGCAGCAAGGAUCGUCAACAGCAUUUGUAUGCUGGGCAACAUAUGCAUCAGCAACAGCAGCAGCAGCAGCAUCACCAUCAGCAACAACAACAGCGUGCGGCGGCGUUGCAAAAACGGCAUUCGGUGAUAUUGGAAAGAGCAUUCGAUUUUGAUGCUAGCUGUGAGGAAAGUGAUACCAUAAGCAGCACAUCCUCAACACCCACACCGGCUGAAUUGCCUAUGUUGCCGCCGCCGCCACCGCCAAGCACCACGGCCACUGUGCUAAAGCCAAUCCUAAAGAAACCAUCAACAGCUGCGCCACAAUAUCAACAAAUGCACACACAACAGCAACAGCAGCAACAACAGCAACAUCUGCAGCAUCAUCCAAGCCAGCAUCAACAGCAAAUGCAACUAAAUACAUUAAAGUCCACAGGGCCAGUACCGGCGAACAGCGCCACCGCCCAAACAAACGUCUGUUGCAAAGACCAAAUGCUGCCACAUCGCGCGCUCCCGCAGCCACCGAAAGGACGAGGCUUCGGCGCAUACCACACCAAAGAGGCCGUACUACAGCGUGUGCAACAACAGAGCGGCCUACUUUCCGGCAGUCGCACAAAUCUCAACACGCUAAGUGGCAUGUUAGGAUCAGCGAUAAAUCUCGCCGGCAUCGGAGGCGGCCUCUGUGCGAACGCUAACUCGAGCAUUAGCAAUAAUGCGGCGACGGCGGCUGGUGCGCCCAUCGAGAUGGCGUGCGGAGGUGUUGUGGGCGAUUGUGUUGGCAACAAUAUGGGCGGUGAGUUGCGCUACAGCAACAGUAAUUACAACUUUGAUGCGACGACAGUCAAGCCAGCAGGCCCGGCUGACGUGGGCGCCGAGCUUCAAAUGACAUUGGUGGGGGGUACGCCAGCUUGUUGUGCGGCGGCCAAUACGGCGGCGCCGCCCACCACCAUCGCCAACACCAACACGGGCAACACUGCCGCUAAUGUAACCAAUAACUUGUUGUACAUGGACCUGCAUACGGCACAUCCGGCACACCCGAAAAGUUCGACGUCAGUAAAUAAAUUCAGCGAUCUAUUAAAUGCUGCCAGCGCCAGUUUUGUCAACGCCGUCGCAGCGCCGGCUAUUAGCGCAAACGCCAACAACAGCAACAGCAAUCAUAACGGUGCCAUAGCUGCUGCGGUCGCAUUGGGCAACACUGGACGCAGUAGUGCCAGCACUAAACGGGUGCAAAAAUCACCAUUACUCACCAGACGCCGUUCUUCAUCAAUCGUUACAAAUCUAUUGGCUUCCGAUGUUAGUUAUAAUCGCGGUGAGGGUACAACUCUAGCAGACAUUACAAAUUUGAGAAAUCAUCAUGCAACAACAACGGAUGGCAGCACAAUAAAUUUAACGCACAGCGGAACACGUGACCGCAUCACGUUGGCAAAAUCACCAGUGAGCGGCAAACCGACACGCUUACCCUCACUGCACUCCAUGGGCAUCGACAGUGCCGGAAGUGGUAGCGGCAGCGGCAAUGGCAGUGGCAGCAGUGCCGGCGUGCUCACCUUUCAACAAGCCAUGUCUGGCGCGGUCUCACCACAGUACUCUUCGGCCACACCGCUACUGUUUGGUGGCGGCGGCGGCGGUGGCGCAGGCAUUGGUGGCAGUAUAGCCACAAAUAUGGAUUUGCUAUGUGGCUCAUCGACGGCACUCGCUUCGGUGUUGGAGGAUACGGCAACAAGUGCUGGUGAAAUGGUCAGUGACAUACUGCAGACUGGUGACUCGCCAACCAUGCUGAACCAUCAGCAUAACAACGCCGGUAACGGCAAUGGCAACGGCAACAAUAACAAGAAUAACGGCUUGAAUGAUAGCCACUAUGAACUAGAUGUAAUCGAAAGCGGCAUUGGCAGCGUGGGCGCGGUCGUCAAUGUGGGCACAAGCGGUGUGCAUCGUGCCGCCUCCAAUAUAUUGCACAGCAGUUCAGCGACCAUUGCACAGCUGCAGGGCAGUCGGCAGCGUCAACGGAUGCGCACAUCGAGUAUGCCAGCUGAAAGUAGAAAGCCACGUCUCGCCGAUACGCGACGUGCAGCAAUACAUUGUGCCGACCUCGAUUUGGAAUAUUAUCGCCUGCGAAGCUUCAGCAUCACGUCGCAUGGUGUAUGCAAUUUGGGUGAUUCCCUGCGAAGCCGCCGAUCACGUUCAAUAAACUCGGUUACGUCGACGGGCACUUCCAACAGCGGCAAGGACCACCGGAACAACAGCAAUGCUUCACAUAUAUCCGGUGAGAAUAUUUUCGAGUCUACCGAGAAACAGGAUGCAGGCAAAGUGCCGAUACCCGCCUAUAAAAUUGCAAUGCUUGGCGCUUCUGGUGUUGGCAAAACGACAUUAACCUAUCAAUUCACAACAUCCGAUUAUAUUUGUGCCUACGACUUGAGUUUGGACGACGAUUACGGUCAAAAAACAGUAUCCGUGCUUGUUGAUGGCAUCGAAACGGACUUGGAAAUUAUCGAUCAUCCUGCCUGUGAAAUGUCGACGGAAGCCUUUUGUUCGACCUACAACAUCGAUUUAUUUGUGGUUGUCUACUCGGUCGUAGAUCGCAAUUCCUUCAAGGCGGCCGAGAAGGUUUUGCAGUAUUUGAAAGAACACGAAAUGUUGCUGACACGUGGCGCUAUUUUAGUCGGCAAUAAAACGGAUUUGGAGCGACAUCGUGAGGUUAAUCGGCAAGCUGGACGUAAAUUGGCUAAAGAGAUUUGCUGUAAGUUUAUUGAAACCUCCUCCGGACUUGAUCACAACGUUAACGAGCUACUGGUCGGCAUUGUCGCGCAGUCCAAACUGAAUCCACAGCGUAUACGUAACCUCAACGAGCGCGACCGUCAACGUCUCAGCCUGCAGAGUGCAAUUCAAAAGCACCGGCACAUGCAUAUAGCGCCACGACGUAUGGUGCGACAGGUAUCCAUGUAUCACGCUGACGACGAUGUCGAUGAUGCGGCCGACAAUGAGAACAACGAUGGUAGCCGAGCUGGCGUUAGCACCAACAACGCCGACAACAUUGAUGAAAAUCAAACGGCCGCUGAUGAAGGCAUUGGCACCGGCAGCGAACGCACCGUCAGCACCAGCCUCUCUUCAACCGGAAUGGGCAUCAAACUGGCAACCACGAAGAACUAUGUACAACGCACGAAUAAGCGUACGCUCAAUCUGGAAAGCAUACUCAAGAUGGGUGAAAGCGAGUUAGAAGAUGAAGAAGAAGCGAUACAACGUCAACCGGCACUUACAAAGCAACAACAGCAAACGCGUCCACUAAGCAAAUUCGAUAUGCUGCUAGCUGGAGGCAAGAAUAGCUUAAACGCAUCACCAAAGAAUCGUCGAUUUUACGGCAGUGGCGCGGUGAGUGGUGCCAUCGGUGCUUUUACAGGAGGCAGGCGCUGUGUUAGCGAUGGCUCAACCAGUGACAAUUACACGGAGAGCAAUGAUCAGCUAUUGGACGAAGGUAAUCGGAAGACAGUGUCCAAGUUAACGAAUCGCACGAAAGUGUUUCUCUCUUCAGUGCUAAAGUUCAAGAAGGCGGUGAAUAUGCGGCGAAGAAACUCUUCGAGUUGUAGUGAUUUAUUCGUUAUAUAAGAGUAAAGGAAAUAAGGUAUGGGCAAAGUAUGAUAUUUGUUUAAUAAAUAUUAAAAUAUUCAGUAACCGUUUAAAUGAUUUUAUAUAUAUUUAAUUCAGACAAAAAUGGUUUUCUGAUUGCUGAAAUUCAUUAAGGUAUUUAAGGGUAUUAAAUCAUUUUUUAUUUAACCAAGCCACGAACAUAAUUCAUCCAAAAAUCAAAAGCAAAAAAAAUGGCCAUUGAAGCAUCCUACAAUAAAUAAUAUUUUUUGGUAAUUAGUUCGUUUGUCUAUUAGUCUUUCAUUCCUUUGUUUUAAUGAUCACAAGUUAGUCUUAAAAAUAAAGUUUGUAAAAAUCCUUCAAAAAUACAUUACGUCUUCAUAAUAAUUUUCAAAUGACUGUUAGCGUAUAUACUUAGAUGUAAUAGAUGCUCAAAAUCGUAUAGACUUCAACUUUAGUACUGAAGGAUUACCAGCUAUAGGCAUUGGACGCAACCUAUACUGUUAACCUCUUUAAGGGACAAACCUAACCCAACCCAAACUAACAAAAUGAGCGAAUACAAAUGAGCAAACGAAAAGCUCGUGUUGCCACGAGAACCGAGAGUGACCCUUGCGCAGCUUUGUUUUGGAUACUGUAAACUAUUAAACUCCUUCUAUGUUCAGCGUGCAACGAGACCACGCAUGAAACUAACCACCUUUUUGUAUGCCCUGCUAACCCUACACAUCUGACAACCCUCUCCCUAUGGUCCGACGCCUUCGGAACAGCACGUUUCCUGGGCCGACCGUUAGAUCACCUCGAUGAAAAUUUAUCUGAACCUUACCGUCUUAACGGGGAUUAGGUAACUGUUACAAAAACAACAAUAACAAUGAAAGUGGAUCUAACAAAGCAAAAAAACGAGAGUUAUACUCAUUUCAAAAAUGGCUCUUGACAAAGUGACGGCAUUUAAAAAAAAUAUUUUUGCUUAAACUUUUGAUCGGAUUGUCACCAAGUAAUCUCUCAUUUUGAGAAAACGGUGUUUAAAGAUAAGCUUAUUGUCAUUCAAAUGAGGAUGUAAAUAAAAUGGUUUUACUGCCCUACUGUCAUGACAUAUGCUGGCAUACUACCGGUGCCUAAUAAGACCAGAUGGAGGUUCAGUUUAAUUUGAGGUGAAGUGUUCGUCAAACAGUCAUUGAACUGUUAAGACGAGUUCUAAACAGAGCUAUACAGAAGCAUAGGAGGUGUUCCAGUGUUCUCAUGCCUACUUUCUUGCAGUUUCUGUAUGUAUCGUCGUUACUAAUGCCCAUUCGGCUCGCAUGUAAUGCCAGUAUUUCUGACCUGUCAUUUGACCAACAACCUUCCUGCAGUCCUUUCGAGACCGUGAGAGUGUUUUUCUUUAGGGUUAUUGAACAUAAUUUGGCGAUCUCGCAUGUUCUUACUACAUUCCAUCUCAAACUGAUCCGUCUGUCACCAUCUAUCUAUCAUCUAUAUUGUUUUGCGGAAUUCUCUUCUGGCUUGGAACCCAGUAUAUAGGCAACCGUUUUCCAUCAGGAACUACAUACAUCUACGCUCUCUCUGCUUCUAGGGACAUUCCUUAAGGUUAUGCGAUGUGAGUUUAUUGCCUUAAUUGCCUCCUGGUUAUCGACGAAUAUAUUGAUGGUCUUCAUGUUGUGUCCUGCGCUGUCAUCUAUCUCCGACAAGGAAGAUAAUACAGUAUUCCGGAAACUUGAAGAUUCGCCUAAGAUAUAGCUCCGAGCAAUAGAUGUAGGGGUCAUUAGUCAUCCAUCAAAAUAUUGUAAAUUCCGCUGGCAAGUCAAAUGCUCAAUCCGCUCUAUUCUGAUAUAACUUGAAACCUUCUCUCAUAAAUAAAACGUGAGGAUAUAUAGUAUAUUUUAUCCUCCAAUCUCUUGUUUAUUGCGCAUUGCCGAAAGGUCCAAUUUGAAAAAUUAAUUUCAAUUUUCACUAUGAAAAUGUGCAAAAACAUAAAUGAAUUUUUUCAAAAUUUCAGGUGUGCAUCUUAAGGGGAUAUAUAUUUAUAAACUUACCCAUAAACUUCCUAAGCCAGUACGAAGAGCAGAAAAUCAAAUUACCACUUGAUAUAUGAUUCACCUACAGAACUUUGACUAAUAUCACACGCCGAAAUGAAGUCAACUGGAUACUGACUGCGCUCCUAUACCGACUAUCAAUACUAGACAGGAAUAAUUAAUUAGAAAAUCCUCAGAACAAAGAAUAAGUAAAACCUCGUUAUAUUCAAUAAAAUAAGACAUAGGUAACAGCUGAGGGCAGGUAGACUACGUAUACUAUACCACAGAUGUAGCAGAAGAUGGAGAGCCUUUCAGAAUAGAAAAUAGAUUAAUGAUAUCAGAUUGUGAGUUACACAAAAUAUAAAGAAAGAGAGAUGAAGCCAUUAUGGGAGAUCAUUGGAGCAGAAAAAUGAAAACAAAAUAUCCUGGAUAUCUAAAUUUAUAGAUACAUUGUCUAGAAACCAGUUAAUAGUUCUACGAAAGUGUAUCUGACAAA